AUGGACGCCAUUUAUGUCCAGGGUAGCGAUUCCAAGCCAAUGAACUCUUCGUUGACUAUACUGUCCGGCACCGCGUCUAAGGAAUUAGCUCCAGGACCCUACUUCAUCAACGCAGCUGGCCAUGUCUACGAGGCAUGGAGACUGUUCUCUGAUAUGCAAGGCGCUUUCACCGAGUCUGCGAUCGCGAACGGCGACGGUUCUUACUCGGUCUUGCCUGCGGGUACUGUGGGCCAAAAGCAUGCCAUCGCCGUCCCUUCGCGUCUCUACUUCACCAAGACGGCUGAGAAGCCUUUGGCUGGUGUAAGGAUUGGUAUCAAAGACAUCUACGAUAUCAAGGGCCUGCGAACAUCCAACGGAAACCGAGCCUGGUACUGGCUAUACCCUCCUGCCAACGCGACUGCGCCGCCCGUCCAGAACCUGAUCGACGCGGGAGCGAUCAUCGUCGGCAAGAUGAUUACCUCUCAAUUCGCCAAUGGCGAAACCGCAACGGCCGACUGGGUCGACUACCACGAGGCAUUCAACCCCCGUGGCGACGGCUACCAAGACACCUCCUCCAGUUCCUCUGGUGGCGGCGCUGGUACCGCUUCUUACUCUUGGCUCGAUGUCAGUCUCGGAUCCGACACCGGCGGCAGCGUGCGCGGCCCGUCCCAAGUCCAAGGUCUCUACGGCAAUCGCCCAUCUCACGGGCUGGUGUCUCUGGACCACACCAUGCCACUGAGUCCCGUGCUCGACACCCCCGGCUUGUUAGCGCGCAACCCUCAAAUCUGGAUGGAAGCAGCCCAAGCCAUGUAUGGCCCCAACAUCACCAUCACAAGUAACUAUCCAACUAGCAUCCAAACCCUCGGCUGGCCCGCCGAAGUCGAAGACAUCGCCGAACAAAUCCUCAUCGACUUCCUCGGAAACGUGACCGAUUUCCUGAGCGCAAACGCUACCGCUUUCAACGUCACAGCCUCUUUUGACGCCGCGAACCCAGAUGUCGCACCUCUUACUGUCUUCCAGAACCUCACCUACGCCAUCCUAAUCACCAAGCAGCAGAUCGAGCUCGUCCGCGAACCUUUCUACGCCGACUACGCCGAAGUCCACGACGGCCGUCUUCCAUUCGUUAACCCCGUCCCGCUAGCACGCUGGGGCUGGGGCGACAACCAAACCAUCACCGUCGACGAGGCUGUUACCAACAAGACAAUCUUUCAAACCUGGGCUAACGAGACCUUCCUCGCUCCCUCUCCCGAGACAUGCUCAAAGUCCCUCGUCAUGUACGUCGGCUCCACCGGCGGCACCACCUACCGCAAUACAUACUGGGACGAGCCCGGCGUGCCUUUUGGCUUCGGCAACAGCCGCAUAUCGGUUAUGGCGGAGGUGCCAGACUAUGUUGUGCCGCUGGGUGAGGCGCCGUAUAACUCGACGAUUACGGGGCAUGUGGAGUAUUUGCCUGUUACGGCGAAUUUGAUGGCGGCGAAGGGGUGUGAUGGCAUGUUGUUCUCGCUUAUUAAUGAGUUGUAUGAGGCGGGGAUUCUGAAGGAGAGUAUGGUUGGGCAGAGUGGGGUUACGGGUGGGGAGAUUUUGUUGAGGAGGGAUGCGCUGUGA